AUGGAGAGUCACCUUCAACACAAAAUACAGAAAUACGAGGAAUUCGUGGAUGGACGCCUCAAACCAGACCUUGUUCGCGCCAUUGCUCAACGGUACCGUUUUAAUACACUUCCGACCUCUGCUUUCCUGAAAGCCGUUUUCCUAGGGUUUUGUUUUGUGAGCAUUACCCAGCUCGAGCAGAGCAGGACAAGGUGUUUGAGCAACAAAAAGUUUUGUGUUUACUUGACUUUUGUUAGCUCGGAUUUGCGGAACAACAUUGAGAAUUUGGAGAAAAACAGUGUAACCAGUCUUAGGACUUUGGUUAACCUUGGCUCUGAAGUCUAUAUGCAAGCUGAUGUGCCGGAUACACGACGCAUUUUUGUAGACAUUGGACUAGGAUUUCAUGUGGAGUUCACCUGGUCUGAAGCUUUAAAUUACAUAUCUCAAAGAGAAGAAAAGAUAGCCAGGCAAAUUGAAGAGUAUACUAACCUUAUUGCAUCGAUCAAAGCCCAGAUAAAGCUGGUAUGCGAAGGGAUCCGAGAAUUACUCCAGCUUCCAGCAGAGAAACGUGCCCCAGAGCGAAUUUUUUGA